UAUCUUCACACUAAUUACGAUUUGUGCAUCGUCGCGAAAAUGUAUUUAACCUACGUUAUUGUUAGUGUACUAUACGUAUCCUUCGUGGAUCUUGUUCACGGGAGCGAGCUCGACUACGAUGGCUGGUUGCAACUGCGGUUGUGGCAUGCGUUCAACGACGACCCGAUGCCCGUGUUUACGGAACGAGGAAACAUCACCGUAUCCAGCGUGCGUAGUGGCGCGUCCGUUGUAGGACAGAACGGUCUGUUGCCAGCCCAGAUAAGCGCGCUGAAGAAUCUAGCCGAACACGAUGGCAAAUAUAGGCUGAAGGCACUGGCUCGCACUUCGUCCGGCAGCGAGAUCACGUUCCUGACCUCGGUGCCAGCGUGCUAUCUGCUUGGUUCCGAUCUAGAAGAUGUAAUAACAGUGUGGUUGGACAGUGCGGCAGAGCCAAUAGCCGUGAGCAUUUCAUCCUUGGCUCCUUGUACAUUAGAUAAUCCCUUUACAAAUAUGUGGACCACUAGUGUCGUGGUUAGAUAUCCGGAUGGCGGUCCUAUUCCAGAUACUGCUAUGUACAUUCAAAAGCUCGAACGAGAACGAGAAGCGAGAGAGAGAGGAGAGACCAAAGAUAAUCGUUCAUUCCUUGCGAAAUAUUGGAUGUAUAUUGUUCCUGCACUGAUCUUUCUGCUGCUGUCAUCUGCAACAAAUCCAGAAGCUGCUGCAGGAGGAAGUGCACAAAGACAAUGAUCUCCUAAUGAAAAUUAAUAAUUUGUACCUGUGUGUGCAUUACGCCCCAGAGGACGGUCUUACGGAAAUUUAUCCAAAUUUAUAUAUUGUAACAGUAAUAAAAUAUGAUACAUUAAUAA